AUGGAAGCUAAACAAUUUCAAAGUUUAUUAGGAUUUCUAUUAAAGAGAGAAUAUGAAAAAGAUGAAUCUUUGUCAUCGUUGAGCAGUUUGCAAGAGAUGAUAUUUUCAGGUUCAGAUCUGACAGAAGAAUUUAUUCUAUCAACAUAUAAUAAAUGUAUAAAUAUUAUCGAAAGAGCAUCAUAUUCAGAUGUAGAUUUAACAGCUUUUGAAUCUUUAAUUAAAGACAAUGACUUUACACAACAACAACAAGAAGGUUUAACCAAAUUUUGGAAAACAAAUAAGAAGAAAAUUCACGAUAUUGUAAAUAGAAGAACUAGAUUUAAUAAUUCAUUGGAUAAAAUGAGUUGGAGAUUGGACCUAAAGACAAAAUCAAAGGAUGUAGAGGAAAUGAAUGAACCAACAGCUAUUGUAGAACUAGAUCUAACAAAGAACUUAAGAUCUUCGACAGAGAAGAAACAACAACAACAAAAGAUUAGAUUUGAAAUGGAUAGAAAUCAACUUCAAGAUACACUCGAACAAAUCAACAUCAUUCAAAAAUUAAUUAAUGGAAAUGGUGAUUAUAUUUACUAUCGACCCUCUGAACAAGUUAAUAGAAGAGUGAGUAUUAAACAUAACACCGAAUAUUUAAAUCAAUCGUUUUAA